AUGUAUGAGUCAAACCAGCUGAGUCCAUCUGAAAACCCAUGCAGGGGUUUUAAAUCUACGUGGGCAAACCUUGGUGGGGCCACCAAUCAUACUGUUUUCCUCAUGGAGCCCACAUGGGGCCCACCUACAUGUAAGCUGGCUGGGGAAUAUUACGGCGGAGCCUAUUUCGCUGGGAUGUUCCGUGUCGCUAACAUGGAUUUCAUCCCAGAGUACCGCCAGGUGGAGUCCCAUGAGUUUGUCUCCAUGGUGAGCAGCGUGUACAGGACGUCCCCGGUGGCCAGACUCUACAAGCAAGCGAUCAUUUCAGACCUCAGCAACAACAACAAGGGAGGAUUGUUGGUGAGUUUCUGGAUGGUGUUUGUAAUUCCACAAGUGAAGAGCACAUCAGUGUGUGACGAGUGUGUCGAGGCCAUUCUCAGAGACUCAGUGGGUGCCAGUCUGCAGAACAGGUCCUCCAUUGGCUACCUGCUGGGCCUUCCAGUGGACAUAGACUCCAUCCUCAUCAACAGUGUUCAGCGUUCAGAUUACACAUCAAGCACAGGAGGCUCACAGUGUGUAGAUAAACUGUAUGCCAACAUUCUCGGAGCCAGCGUCCCUCUAAGCAUCUACUCCUCAUGGGGAGGUGUGAACUGCCAGGUGAAGCUCACCUCGGUGCCGGACUCUCUGAUCCGUCUAACCAUCACAUCGUUUGUCAUCGAGCCCUCUGACUGUGUGAGCGACGCCCUGACUGUGUACGACGCUCUGCUGCCCAUGAGGGGGCGCAUUCUGCACAGCCUGUGUGAGCCAGUGUCCAGCCCCGUCUCCAUUGUCUCCACCUCCAACAUCAUGUUGCUCUCCUUCAGAAUGACAGGCGACAACAAGAGCUUCAAAGGGUACUUUGAGGCUAUCAAUGACAAGGUGUGUUUGUCUCAAAUUGAGACCCAGUCUGAUGGUAACAUCUACAGCCCCUUCUACCCCAGCCUGCUGCCCCCUAAGUGCUCCUGCACCUGGAAGUUCAAGACACCAAGCCCACAUUUAGGCGUGGCCCUACGCUUUCAGAACUAUGUAUUGAAAGCAAAGGACAUACAAGGCUGCAACAACGGCUGGUGGAAAGUCAAUGAAGUCAUUUUCUGCGGUAGCUACGUGGGAUACCACACCGUGUUUCGGAUCGAUCACCCCAGCCCAGAGGUGGAGUUUCUUUGUAGCUCUUCCAGCUCUGCUCAGCCUUUUCAGGCUUCAUACAGCAGCUUCAACAUCAGCCACCCCUGUCCAGAAAGCCACUUCCUGUGCAACACGGGGAUCUGUGUGGAGAAGAGCCGACUCUGUGAUGGUCUGGAUGACUGCGGGGACGAGAGCGACGAGCUCUUCUGCUCAAGGCCCACUAUUAACUGUGGGAGUAAGAAUCCUCCACACGCUUUGUUAGUGUGCAACGGAGAGGUUGACUGCAUUGAUGGUUCAGAUGAGAUCAACUGCACUGAGGAAGCAACCUGCUCUGAGAUCAGGUAUCGGUGCAGGAGUGGGGCCUGCAUCCUGAAGAAAAACGCAAAAUGUGACGAUGCCCCCGACUGCCAGGAUGGCAGCGAUGAGGCGGACUGUGCCUGUGGUCUCCCUGCCUUCAAGAAAGUGGGCCUCCAGCGUAUUGUGGGCGGGAUUAAUGCUGUAGAAGGGGAGUGGCCUUGGCAGGUCAGCCUUCACUUUGACAGUAACCUGUACUGCGGCGCCUCCAUCAUCUCCUCUGAGUGGCUUGUCUCAGCUGCCCACUGCUUCAGCAAAGACAGGCUCUCUGACCCACGUUACUGGAUGGCCUACCUCGGCAUGCUGGUGCAGGGCAGUGCCAGACACGCAGCGGAGAUCCAGAGGAUCGUUGUGCACGAGUACUACAACGCUAACACGUUUGACUAUGACAUCGCUCUGCUGCAGCUAAAGAAGGCCUGGCCCCCCUCGCUCAGCCCUCUGAUCCAGCCCAUCUGCCUCCCCCCCUCAUCCUACACGGUCACUGACAGCUACCGCUGCAUUGUCACAGGAUGGGGGUACCGGUUCGAGGACGAUAAGGUGCUGCCCUCGGUGCUCCAAAAAGCACAAGUGUCCAUAACCAAUCAGGUGGAGUGUAAGAAGACUUAUGGCAUCAUCUCCCCACGCAUGAUAUGUGCAGGGGUCCCAUCAGGAGAGAGGGACGCCUGCAGGGGGGAUUCAGGAGGUCCUUUGUCAUGUCAGGCACCAGGCGGAGGUCGCUGGUUCCUGAUGGGGAUUGUCAGCUGGGGAUCUGGCUGUGGAAGACCAAACUUACCUGGAGUUUACACCAGGGUCACCAAGUUCACCCCCUGGAUCUACAGCCAUAUCAGUAAGCGGGAGGCGGUGAAUGCCCGCCGCAUCCGAGUUUCUCAGCUUGGAUUUCUGCUCUCUCUUUUAUUUUGUUGUCAGAGGAAGCAACAGCAGGGAUUUCCUCUCUCUCUCUUUCUCUCUCUCCAUCGUUUCUAUGCCCGAGUUAUUGCUGCAUAUCACCUCUCCGGAGCUAAACUGGACCGUGCUAUGUGGACUCUGCCCAAAGGCAAAACUUGUGAGGUGUACUGCGUCUCUUCGCAUGGACGAUCAGAAGGUCUGGCUGCACAGGGAGAUGGGGAGUUAAGAGAGGACCAGGAGGUGGAAGUGGAGAGAAGUUCAUCCUGUUGUUCCUGGAGGAGGUGGACAUUAGGAAUCCUGCCUUUCUUCCCCUUCACUGCUGCCAUUGCACUGACUCUCCACUACUUAACACCUCCGUCUUACUCAGUGUUCCUCCUGGGUGGCAGCGUGGAGUUCCCAAACCUGAGCUUCUCCUUGGAGCUCUCGGACUCCUCCUCCCCACAGUUCCGCCUGCAGGUUCAGGCUUUGAACCAUUAUUUUUCUAAACUCUACGAGUCCACCCCGUGGAGCUCCUACUACCUGCACUCAGGAAUUACAGCCUUCAGUGAAGGAGAAGAGGGGCUCAGUGUCUUCUACUGGAGUAAAUUCUCCGCCCCUGAUAAGGUUGCCAUGGAAAUGCAAAGGUCCGGUCCGGAGAGGCUGCAGCGCAGACUUCCUGGACGCCACAAGGUGCAGAGGGAGAGUCGAAACGAGCAGCGCUACUUCAUGGAGACGGAUGAAGACACGCUCCACCUGCUGGGCUUGGAUGCCGAAGAUUUUGAGUCAGAGGACAAAUUGGAAAAAAUGAAAAAUCAAAAUAGCAUCCAGGGUGGGAAAUGGCAGCUCGGCUUCCAAGCAAUAUCUUUUGACCUCUACGCCAAAUACGGAAACAACCGCACCUUGAGUCUUGUGAGCCCCAAGAAGCCAUAUUACCAGUGGCGUCUACGCGUGCCAUCGGGUCAUGUUGUCAGGCUGGUUGUCCUCACCCUUCACGGUGCCACGCCAGGAAGCUGCGCCGCCCACAAGCUCUCGGCCUAUGAUUUCUUACUUCCUUUGCAGAACAAGAUAAUUGCCAGGUGGUGUGGACUUCCUGUUUCAGGCUCAUCUCCGGUCAUGAAGCUGACGUCUUCUGGGAAUGUGAUGCUGGUCACCUUCUCCUUCAGCAGACAGAGGGAUGGUGCAAUAUUCAAAGCUUAUUUCCAAGCCAUCCCAAAAGCAGUUUGUGGAGGAUCGAUCUCCUCCUGGAAUGGCUCUAUUUCCUCUCCUUACUAUCCUUCCUUCUACCCUCCCAACAUCGACUGCACGUGGACGAUACGAGUGCCGGUGCCAGGAUACCUGAUUUCUUUGACCAUCAUGACGCUGGACAUUCAGAAUUCUCCAUCAUCUGAUGGCUGUGAGAAGGACUGGCUGGACAUCGGUGGGAUGAAGUUGUGUAAUACUGUGUCAGACAGCAGCAAAAAGCGGGUGUACUCCUCCCCUCUCUCCAUUCACUUCCACUCUGAUGAAUCUCUGACUCACCAGGGCUUCCACUUGCUGUACCAAGCCUUCUCUCCAGAGGGCACUUGUCCUCGUCAGUUUCGCUGUGGAGAUGGACGUUGCAUCCCUCUGAGGAAGGUCUGUGAUGGAGUCAAGGAUUGUUCAGAUGGUCGGGAUGAAGCCAAAUGCUUAUCUUGCAGGCCAGGAGAGGUGCUGUGUGCAAACGGUCAGUGCAAACCUCAAAGCAGCCAGUGUGUCAGUCCGAGCAUGUGUGGAGACAGCAGUGAGGAGGAAGGUUGUGGUGUUAAAUGCUACCAUGUUUGUCCCAACAAGGUGUGUUUGCCUAAGACAUCGGUGUGUGAUGGUGUCUCUGACUGCAAGGACCGCAGUGAUGAGCUGAACUGCACCAGAGCAUACUUCAAAAGUUGUUCUUCAUCCUCCUACAAAUGUGCCAAUGGAAAGUGUGUCAGUAAGGUCAACCCUGAGUGUGACGGAGUUAAAGACUGCUUCGAUGGCUCUGAUGAGCUACGUUGUAGCUGUGGCACCAGACCUAGAAAGAGAGCUAAGAUAGUGGGGGGUUCUGAUGCUGUGAUGGGGUCGUGGCCCUGGCAGGUCAGCCUCCAGAUGGACCGCUACGGUCACGUUUGUGGAGCUACGCUGGUUGCCAGUCGCUGGCUCCUCUCUGCAGCUCACUGCUUCCAAGACUCGGAUGCUAUUAAAUACUCAGACGUCCGUGCAUGGCGUGCUUACAUGGGGAUGCGGGUGAUGAUCAAGGGAAACCACGGAGCUUCCACCAGGCUGAUCCGCCGGAUUCUCCUCCACCCACAGUACGACCAGUUCACGUCUGACUACGACAUCGCCCUUCUGGAGCUCAGCUCACCAGUUUUCUUCAAUGACUUGGUGCAACCGGUGUGCGUUCCUGCUGCCUCACACACUUUCAUCACAGGGACUAGUUGCUAUGUCACAGGCUGGGGGGUUCUCAUGGAGGAUGGUGAAUUGGCGUCUCGCUUACAAGAAGCCUCAGUGAAGAUCAUAAACAGGAGCACCUGCAACAAGCUGUAUGAAGAUGCCGUCACUCCCAGAAUGCUUUGUGCUGGGAACCUGCAAGGGGGAGUGGAUGCCUGCCAGGGUGACUCAGGAGGGCCAUUGGUGUGUCUGGAGCGCAGCAAACGGUGGUUCUUGGCAGGGAUCGUUAGCUGGGGGGAAGGCUGCGCGAGGCAGAACCGUCCUGGCGUUUACACACAGGUAGUGAAGUUCAGUGACUGGAUCCGUCAGCAGACUAAAGGGCAGGUGUGACUCAGUUUCAGACUCAUGGAUUCAUAAAACACAGAGAAAACCAUUUCUGCACAAAGACACAUUUUGUCAGAGGGCUGCACCGCCUUGCCCCAAACACACACGUGUCUUUACAAUCUGCAGCUAUGUUCCCAAGCACAAAAUUGUUUUUAGUCUCAUCGAAUAUGGUUUGAUGUCCAUCAAUACAGAUUAAAACGUAGGCCAAUAUGUACCAAUUUCAGAAAUAUAUGGGAUUUGUUUGUUGAAGCAUAUUUAGCAUUCUCUGUUUUUUAGAGAAUUUAUAAAACAACCAGAAAAUCGAUUUAUUGCAAGCAACGUCAACGUAUAUGUAUAAACAGAUUUUAUUGUAGUACAUUUAUACUUUAUAGUAUUUUCCUACAUGUCCGCCAACAUUUCUGUCUUCCAUGUUUGUUCUUGUUGAACAUAUAUUGUAUGAAACAUCUUCUGAGCAGCACUUGACAAAUUCUGCAUUUUGAAAACAAAUAAUUUUCUGAUGACAGAUUAGAGAUUAAAAAUUUUUGAAUCCUGUAUUAAAAUAAGAGAUUUUAUUUCAACAGAGGUUAAAAUAGAUUUACAUGUUUUAAUUUACUAAUGGACCCAAACUAAUUCAUUUGAUUAAUACCAGUGGAGUGAAAGACAUCUGCUGCCAGUAUGCAAAUAUAAGUAUAAAAUUCCACAAUGGGACAUAUUAAUCAACCUUUUAUGCUGCUCUGUGGGUCUCUACUGCCUCUAUAAACACUCAAACAUGGAAAUAAAACAUCUAUCUGUUUUCUGUCAGUGUUUAGAUUUAGGAAUUAUCAGCCUAAUAAUAAUAAUAAUACAUCAAACUUGUAUAGCGCUUUUUAGGUCACUCAAAGAUGCUUCACAGAAAUGCAAUAAAUACAUAAUAAAACAAAAUAAAACAUAGUAAACAGACUGGGGGAUGCUGGGUUGAUCUUAAGAGAAGGCCAAUUAAAAGAAGUGGGUUUUAAGCAGUGUCUUAAAACAAGCCAUUUCUAAAAGUCCUCAUUUGUGAUGUCACAAAUGGGUAAUUUAGCAUAGAAACCAGAAGUGUGGACUUGAGUCACAUGACUUGGACUCGAGUCAUUAUUUUAAUGACUUCUGACUUGACUUGAUAAAAUCUAUAAAGACUUACGACUUAACUCGGACAUGAAUGCCAGUGACUUGAGACUUGAAUCGACUUGCAUCUGUUGAAUUGAUGAUGACUUGAGCAUAUUUGAUAUUUUAGCACAAAAGUGGCACAACGUGGACAAAAAUCAUGAAUCAUUCUUGGUUCUGGGUUUGAUCUUGUUCUGCUAAAUGCAGCAGCACUUUGUUUAGAAUCAGUUUAUGUUGCACUUUCUGCUUGUUUGAGCAAAAAAAUGAAGCUUUAAGAAGCUUUAUUUCUGGAAUUUAUUUAUUAUCAUUAUCAUUAUAUUGAAGUUGGACAGAUGACUUGAUUAUGACUUGAAAAUUCAAAGUUAAGGACUUGGACUUGACUUGGACUUCCACAUCAUUGACUUUGGACUUGACUUGGACUAAAUUGUCUUUGACUUGGACUUGACUCGAGACUUGACUGGAAAGACUUGUGACUGACUUGUGGCUUGCAAAGCAGUGACUUGGUCACUCCUCUGGUAGAAACCACUAUCACCUCUCCAGGCUGGAGAAGCACAUACUCCGAGCUCGUCCCAGAUAUCAGAGCUUCUCAGCUCAUAGCAGUCUGAGCGGGGGAUGAGUGGGUGUGGCCAGCUCCAUCUUGUUUUCUUAAAGUGACAGAGCCCUGAAACGGCUCAUUCUGGAAGGUACUAAAAUGUUAAGAACAAAACUGCUGAAAUCGCUUUAUGUGAGAGGGAUUUUUGUAAAGAACAUAAACAAUCUUGCAUCGAACACAGAACUAUUAUAACCUUUUUUAAGUUAUAAUACGUCUCCUUUAAGAAUGAUCUGGAAUUUUCCCUCAAAAGGUUGCAGAAAUAGCAGCAUGCAAGAGAAUGUGUGUAAAACAAAGAAGGGAAGAAUUAAGAUCAAAUGAACUUUGGAAUAGAAAAAUGUGCUUUCAAUGGACCUACCUGCAAACAAUUGCUCAUUGUUUAAUUCUUGUGUUUGUCUUUUUUAUAGGUAUGAGAUGCUCAAACCUAAUGUGAUUUCAAACUAGAUAGGUUAAAAUCUACAUUUAUCAGUUAAUUCAAUUGUAUUCAUUGCCCAUGAGACAUAAUUUCAUGAGAACAAAAUUUAGCCAAUUUUCUUUAUAUUGUGUGGCAUUCCAGACUUCUUUCUCCUCCUUUUAUAGAAUUCCAACCCCAAAACGUUUGGAAACCAAGUUUAAAAACAAUGUUUUAUUCCAACUCUAUGUGGUUAAAUUGUCCAAAUUGGUACCUUAAUUCAGACAGGUCGCCACACGCUGAAGACAUCAAAGCAAAGAUAUUUCCUGAUCUGCAGCAAAUUACUUCCUUUUAGAGACUGAACUGUUUGUGUUGCAGACAGGAAAUCUCAUCAUUUCUUUUAUAAUAGAAACUUAGCUAAAGUUCCCUCCUGCAUCCGUCUGUGUACUGUAUAUCUCUGUCUGUUUUCACAGCUCACAGUUUUUGUACUGUAUGUGUUUAAAUGUGUUUGUAUUGUGAGUUUACCUGAGCCAUAGCCCCAUGAAUAUAUUCUAUAACUGCAGUAGAAGUGAAUUGUAAUUUAUUUUUAUCUUAAUCCUAAGUGUUAAAUGGUUUAUAAUGUGUUUAAAGAACAAAUGUUACUAUUAGAAAACAAUCUGAUGUUUUCUACCACAACUUUUCUGUAUUUUUCCUCUGAAUCUCUUCUUGUUCAGCUCAUAUUGCCACCUAGUGGCCAGCCUUGAUCAUUACAGUAACUGUAUCCAGAUGCACCUUACACCAGCAGAAUUUAACUAUGAUAUUUUUAUAGCAUUAUUAAAAAACAGACCAGUAUCGGAACAGUGCUGGUGUCUGUCUUCAUACACACCAUGUCUUUGUUUUUGUUCUUUUUUGUGUCAAUCC